AUGACUGACUCGCGGACACACCUUUCGGUGCGAGCAUUCGAGUUUGACGUCGAGGAGCCCGAAGAAGAGGACACGCACAGAAACGACUACAUUAGUGAUGCAGACAGAGGCACGGUCGUCAAGCCGCUGCUGCUUCGGGAGGCCGUUGUUGCUGACGCUGGUGUUUCGAUGCAUUACCCGACGACCGCAGGCUCGGGGCUCCCCACAGACCCGGACGUCGUCUUUGGGAUGAGCCAUUCGCAUUUACUGGCACCCGCACCGAUUUGUAGCACUGUGGUGGGCUCAGAUCCUGGACCUUCUGUUGCGAAGAGUGUGAUGACUGCGCUGUUGGCUGGUAGCCCGCAGAGGCUCUCAACGAGCGACGUGCACGGCAGAGUCAAGUCGCCGCUUGCUUACGGCACCGACGUCUCGACACCGCAGCGCCACUCGAUUUUGCGCAUGAACGCUGGCUACAGGGAGAACAGCCGUCAUAUACUGAAGAAAAGCGCGUCCGUGGAGUUUGCCAUGAACUACGACCACGAGCAGGUAGCGCCGAGUAUUCAUGCGAGCGCGCCUUUUAUUGGACGAGAGCCACGACGUCUGACGUUUGAAGAGAAAGCAGAGCUGUAUCGAGUUCGCCCUGAUCUUGAGAUCGGCGUAGCCCCUUUUUGCACCGAAAGCGCCGACGAAGUCAACCGCAGGAAUCAGCGCCGCGUCGUCUUCUCCAUAUUUGGCGGCAUGAUCUCUAUCAUAAUAUUGCUCGUCUUCGUCUCCAUGUGGGACCAGAACAAAUGA